AUGAUCGUCAAGGAUCUACCGGAAAGCCGAGAGGUCUGGCUGGAUGGUCUCCGAGGCAUCGCAGCGGCCGUGGUCGCGUGGUUCCACUUCACCGUCGACGUGAUGCAAGUCCCAUAUCGACAAUACGGGGACGACCCCCCAGAGAACAACCGAUACUGGUACCAAUUGGCCCCAUUCCGAGUGCUCUUCGCCGGCCAGGCCAUGGUCCGCGUGUUCUUUGUCAUUUCGGGGUAUUCCGUCGCGAUCUCGAUCAUCCGGCAUCGCGAUCGAGAGAACAACAACGCUCGCUUCUAUCAUAAGCUGUCGUCCUCGGUGCUGCGCCGGGUCUUCCGUUUAUACCUGCCGGUCGUCGUGCUGUGCGUCUUUUCCCAGACGCUAUAUUACACUGGGUUCUAUCAUUGGGAAUUCUUCCCGCCCGAGGGUUGUCCUGGCGCCGAGCCGUGGUCGUUUGUCUGGCCGCAUUUCCGGUGCGCCGCGUUGGCGUUGCUCAGCUCGCUCAGUCUUGCCACGGGCCCCUGGUUCUCCGGUGGAUUGAACGGGCAGCUGUGGAGCAUGGCGGAUGAAAUCAAGGGGUCUCUCGCCGUGUAUCUGGUGAUACUCUGUCUGGCGUCGGUCGCGCCCAGGGCCCGGGUGGCCCUGACGACUUUCAUAGGAUUCCUGCUUUUAUGGACCGGAUUCCCGCACCUCUCGGCGUUCAUCGCUGGGCUUCUGUACGCAGAGCUGGACCUGCUGAAGAGGAAGCAACAGCAGCAGCCGUAUGGCGGGAUGCCAACGAUCAACUCGCUCAAAGCACCCGCCCCCGUGCCCAAAAUCUGGCACCAACCGGCCAUGCUCGCCCUCUUCAUGUUCGGCAUCUACUUCUUCUGUCUGCCUGUUCUCGAGGACUUCCCGGUCGACUACUGGUUCCCCGUUCCCUUCGACCCGGUGCCCUUUUGGAUCGGUCCGUACGUCCGCAUUAACGCCUGGCACGUCGUCGGCGCCGUCAUCGUCGUCGGCACCCUGCGACAUCUGCCCUUUCUGAGGAAGGCCGUGCUAGAGGCCCCACUGUCUCAGUUCCUGGGGAAGAUUUCGUUUUCGUUCUACCUCUUCCAUCAGUCGUUCAUCCGCACCAUGCGCAACCCCAUUCAACAUUCCGUCUGUCAGGCUCUCUCCGGGAAGGACCUGUAUCAAACCCGUGACGAUCCCGAGGGGAGUGCCGUGUAUUAUCUGUCUUGGAUUGUUGCGGCGGCGAUGAUACUGCCGCCGGUUAUUCUGACGUCGAUGUAUGUUACGAAGGUUGUUGAUCGGCAGUCUGUUGUGCUGUCUUAUAAUGUGGAGAAGAGGCUUACGGGACGGUAA